AUGUUUUUGAUAGAAUCGUUUCGUGAUUAUCGAACAACAGAACCUAUUUGGUUUAGAUAUUUACGAGGUUUAUUUGCUAUUGUUUUCACAACGAUACUCAUUGUUUAUUCAAUAAAUAAAGUUUAUGAAGUUAACAUAUACAUACCGACAAACCCUAUUAUUUUUACAUAUCCUCAGCUUCAUGAAAUAGAUUUUAAUAUAAGCAUUUGUACUGGAAUUUCGAAUGUAAUGACUGAUAUUGAAUUAGAAAUUACAGAAUUUGCAAAAAUUACAAAUAAUACGUCUCAAUGUCAAACUGUUCAUAGAGAUGAUGUUUCGUAUCAUUCUGAUCGAAACUUUUGGUUUAAUAUCACUACCGCUCCUUCUAAAAAUAAUGAUAUCAAAAAUGAUACGCAACAAGAAUCAAAAUAUAGAUUAAAUCCUUAUGAAUUCAGUAUACCUAGUGGUAUUCCAGAUAACAUGUUAUUAUUAUGCUUAGAAUCAAUCGAAUUACAAACUUACAACCCACAAUCUUUGUUGAAAAUAUAUAGAUAUAAUUUAACAGAAUUAAUUAGAUACAAAUUUGAUAUUUAUCAAUUAGAAUCAAACUAUUUUUUACUUAACCUUGGACAAGCUUCUAUAAUAACUUUUAAACCAAUGAUUGCAAAUGAUAUAUUAGAAUUAAUGCCACGAUUAGAACAAAUACCUAUGAGUUUAAAACCUAAUGAACUUCGAAUUGGAUUUGAAUUUCCUUCAUAUUUUCUCAGAUUUAAAGAAUCGGGGUACGAAUAUACCGAUCUAAUAGCUGAUGUUGGAGGUUUCUAUGGUGCGAUAGCAGGCAAGUACAGAAUCUUUUAUUUAUUAUUUGGAAUGCAAAAACUUGAACCAUGGGGUUUGGUACAAAAGUAUCUGCUUUCAUAUAUUCCCUUUAGACAAAGUUUUACAAGAAAAUUCGCAAAAAGAUAUGUUACAUAUGUCGGUCUUCCAAUUGUUGAGAAAAUUGAACUUAAAGGUGAAUCGCCUUCACUAUCAGCUGAUCCGAAACCAUCAGUGGAAAAUAAUUCUCCUUUUCUUACAACUUCUGGGAAUGAAAUUCAAAGCGAUCAGACACAUUUGAAAGAUGUAGUUCAAAUUUCAGAGAAAUUAGAAUAUCUAAAAGAUAGAGUUCAAAUGCUAGAAAUUUUAUUAAAGGAUUAUUAUUUAGAUGAUUAUUUAUUAAAAAAAGUUAAAUUUGCUAAACUCUAA